AUUUAAUUUAUAUAAAUAAUUUAUUUCAUUAAAUGCAUACUUUUUUUUUAUAAACUGAAUUAGCUAUCAUAUUUGUUGUAUAUUUACAAUAAAAUAGAUAGACUCUAACUUUUGUUCUCAAAUUUUUUACUUUUAAUGAAGAUACAUUGACAGAAUCCUCCCGGAUCCUCCUUAGCCUAACACUGCGUCACGGAUCAAAUGUAAGCAUUUUUUCGGGACUUUUUGCGGUUUCUCCUCGUAAGAAACUAAAAAUGUUGAUGUUGUCUUACGCUAUUUCCAACAGAAGCAAAAUUACGGCCUACUCUUAAUAAAAAUGCAUAGGCAGCAUCAUCCUCAUUUAUCCUCAUUUAUCUUCAUUCAUCCUCAUAUGAAUCUGAGCUCGAAAAAUAAAUUAUCCCCAGGACUUUUUAUGGCUAUUCCUACCAGAGGACAUCAUAAUGAACAAGAAACGUUUAUAUUGUGAUAUGUUAUUCCCAACAGGAGCAAAGAUAGGGGCUACUCUUCACAGAGAACCACCCAUACCCAUGUCCACUCAUGUCCACCCAUAUCCACCAACACUUGUAUGGGUCUCAACUCAAAAAAUAAAUUAUCCUUAGGACUUUUCAUGGCUAUUCCUACUAGAGGACAUCAUAACGAACAAAAAACAUUUAUAUUGUGAUAUGUUAUUCCCAACAGGAGCAAAGAUAGGGGCUACUCUUCAUAAAAAUGCAUAAGCAAUGUCAUCUUCAUCUAUAUUCAUUGAUUCUCAUAUGGAUGUUAGCUUGAAAAAUAAAUUUUGUAAUUUUAAAGUAGCAAAAUUACUCCAGUUACUCUUUAAUAGCAGUUGUUCCGUUCAGUAUUAUAUAAAUGGAAUGAUAAGUACUUGAAAGUAUUUGUAGAAAGGUUUCGAAUUGAUUACUGUCUAGAUUAUCCCCAUAUUUUUAAAAAUGUUUAACUUGCUACGACAGCUCAAUUAUAAUUGAUAAUCUUUCAUUCAACAACCACCUCUUUAAGUGUUCGUGUCUCGUUAAAUUCACUAUUUAUUUACUUUUGACGUCAUCAGACAUGUGGGAUUUCGAUUUGACCACGUGUUUAUUUUUAAUUAUUAUAAAUACUAAUUUUAUUCGUGGAAUUAAUCUUCCUUCUAAAUAUCGAGACCACGAGUUCAAAAUAAAUUGGUUGAAAGGAGUCAUGACGAAUAUUAGUAACGAUGAAGAAGAAAUAAAAAAUACCGACGAGUUAUUAAAAAGUCAUAAUACAAGUUCUUCGACUGAUAAAAGUGAAGUUUAUUCAUCUUUGUUGAAUUAUUUUGGUUACGAAACGUCAUUUGACAGUGAAAUAGUUCCAUCGGUAGCUAAAGUCGUCAACUCCAAUGAAGAAGAAAACUCAAAAUCUAUUUCAAAAUUAUCUAUGAUGAGUUUGGAAAAUUUUAAUAGAAAGAAAAAUCAUUCUAAAGAAAAAAUGAAUUCACAAAAUAAUUUAACACUUACAGAAAAUUUUAAUGAUCUUAGAGACAAUAGACAAGUGAACUCAACAAGUAAUGAAAAGUUAUUUUUAUCUAAUCUCACAUUCGAAGAACAAAUAAAUUCAACAGAUAAUUCAAAAUUAUUAUCAGAAAAGUCUGACAAUUCUGAUAGACAGAUAAAAUAUGAAAAUAUUUUUGAAUCAUCUCUCGGCGCAUUCAAAUAUAAAAAACUAGUAGAUCUAAUCAAUAUAAACAGUUACUUAGACGAAUUGAUGUUUAAUUAUGACAAUAUUAUUCCAGAACACAGAAUACUUAAGAAAGUACUUGAUGAUAAAACUUUUUAUUUAACCAACCGACUUUCUGAAAAUGAAAAAUAUUUAAAAUACUUGAGAGUUAAUUAAUUUCACAUGUCAGUUAUUCAUUUUUGUGGCUCAUUUUAAAUUAAGUAAGUUUGUAACAUUAAAUAAUUGUUAGGAUAAUUAUCCAGAAUAAUUUAAAAUAAA